GUCAUCGGUCGUACAAAAACUUUCUUCAAACCCCUUCCGACUGGACAAUUGAGCCUCAGGGACGACGAUUUAAUAGACUACUCAGAACAUUGAAAAAAACUGUCAGGCCUGGCGUAAGAUUAUGUGGCUUUGGAAUCCGAAUUUUGCCUCAAUGGAUAUCUAACUUCAAGGUACUAUUUCCCUGCCAGCUUCGAAGUGGAACAUUAAGAGUCCUAUGAUCCUUUCGUGUGUCUUGAUAGAAAGAUAGAUGCUGUACGAAGGGCUAAACGUAUUUGGAAACUCCGCUCACGAUUAAGGUGGAUCUUUAACCUAUCCACGUUUUUAUUGCUUGUUUCCGAAGAUCUCCCCUGAGUCUCCAUCCGAGGUGCUGGUAGUCGUACAUACUGGAGGUCUGCUGCAUACUUGUUGUGCAAGAUCACACGGUCUUCUGAAAGACUCCAAGAACCUUCAUUCCAAGGCUGGCUGCUGGAAGAGCUUGGUCUACCUUGUGUUGCAUUUGACCUGGGUCAUUGGACUUUCUCGUCUAUAAAACACAAUAGGAUAAGGUCACCAUAGAUGCUCCUAUUUGCAAUUACUUGGUUUAACGAUCCCGGAAGAAGUUAAAUCCGCCAAACCAACCAUCUCCGACAGAAGUUGCAUUCGCCACACCACACUCCGACACAAUGUUUAAAUUUGUAUCUUCCGAUGGGACUGGGUCCAUUAAGAGGCAACAGGCACAAAAGGCAUGUGACUCCUGUAGAAAGCGGAAGAAGCGAUGCAACCAUGGUAGCAAUGCAACUUCAACGAAUUCUCCGCCUGCAAGAGCACCUGGCCAAGUCAACUCCGAUGACCGGGUUUCUCAAGCGGCUAAGUCAUACACUGCAAGUUCCCUCUCUUGUGCCACAGAUGCCGAAUAUCAAAGCACAACAUCUCGUGAGGAGACUGGCCAUAUCUCUCCUGCUGCAUCAACUUUAGCAAGUAGUGACCAAGACCUCGAAGCUGCUAGGAUAUUGAGCGGCGGUACUCGUAUUCAAGCGAACACGUCUCAUUCCCAAGAACCUACUGGUGUUCAGUCUCGAUUCAUUGGAGAUUUGAAUCCAGAAUCGAUCUUUCUGGCUGCUACCAGUCCAGAUGCCAUUCGUGGCGUAUUACCGGACAGCGUUGGGGUAUACCUCUCUUCAACACUCGGGAAAAAGCCUCACCAUUUUUCGAAUUUACAACAGACGAGCUCAAACCUAUUCUAUGGAUGUCCGCCUUUGGUCCGUGAUGUUCUUGUGCCUCUCAUAGAACAAGACUGUUUGUCGACGAUGCCACCAAUACCCCAUCUCGAAGUGUUAUCUCGGAUAUACUUUGAGAAGAUUAAUACCAUCUUUCCCAUCAUCAAUGAGACCAUGUUCCGCAAUCUAGCUCCUUCAGUUCCUUGUCGAGCUUUACUGGAACAAGCAAUUUGCCUGGCAGCAUCCAAGAAUUUCGCUGCUGCGGAUCAUCUCAUACUGGAUGAAGCAGGCCCACCGAUGACCUGUAAAGCGUUCGGUGAAAAGGUAUCCGGUGCAAUGAGGUUGACGAUUGAACUAGGCAUUGUGACCGACAAAAUUGUCCUGAUCCAAGCCCUGUGUCUCCUCUCUCUAUUCAUCGAUAAUUCUAGCAGUGAAGAUCUUGCAUCUCAAUUCUCUGGAAAGGCUACACAUUACCUUGAAGGUAUGGGAUUACAUCUCGAAGGUCAGGUGGAGGAUGCAAGCGCAAAGCUUCUAUGUUGUGUAUAUGCACUAGAUCGCAUGAAUGCUGCAUUUCAUGGUCGUCCUGUCUUGAUGCAUGAACGAGACAUGAGAAGAGAUCUCCAUCAGUGCUUUAAUCAGCAAGAACCUGCCUUCCGUCUAUUUCUACAGGUAAUAUCAUUACUUGACAAUGUCAUCGAGAUAUAUCGGCCUCCGAACCAAUCAGAACAAGGUGGUAUGGAUGUUCAGUUCCCUGCUUUUGAAGAGUUGGUUUUGGAAUGCGCGGCUGCACAUAUUGGUACUUCCUCUCUUGCAACAAUUGAAAUUUUCUAUCACAGCAUCUCUAUCAUUUCUCUUCGAUCCCAUAUUUGGGCUGAACCCAAGCGUUCCACACCUUCUUACCUUCGACAAGCCCUCUCGACCAGUAUUCUAUCAUCCACCACUACACACGAGCUACAGGACCAACUUGUUCUAUUUCCUUUCGUGCCAUACGCUAUAUCACUUUCUCUGAGCAUUGCUUAUCGAGAAAUGCGUCACAACAAACUACCUGUUCAUCGAAUGCGCGCUCGGGGUCAAUUCCAAGCUAGUUGUAGGCUUUUGGAAGGCCUUGAAAGUCAGUACUGUACUGCUGCUAACGCUGCAAAUAUGGGAAAGAAAAUGCUCAGGGAAAUUGACAGAGUAUUUUCUACUGUCUCUUCGGAAAAUAGGCCUACGGUACCACACCACGAUGUCAGCAACAUUUCUGAGAACAGCUCAAUGGUCACUGAUAACAGUACACCAAUGACAAAUACUGAGAAUCAAUCAGUAGCUCCCAACUCCAACACUCACAUCAUUCCGUCUAUCGCUCCAAUAUAUACUGGGAUGCAAGAUUUCGACCCGUCACUCUUCGACCUUAAUGCUACGGGUGACAUUGAUCUCUUCUCUAUGUUUGACCCUUCCUUUGAUCUUGUCGGCUUCGACGCUUGUCUGGAAGGCAAUCUAAACCUGGGAUUUCCCACCCCAGCACCUCAUCCCUGACCAAAAGUUAACAACUAACGUGAUGGCUGAUGAAGAUAUGGAGGCUCACACCUGCUGAGAUGAGAUCUAACAGGUCAGACUUUCAUCACGCGAUAACGAUCUCGCAUUUCUAAAUCUAAGUACGACGUUCCGGUCGUUAAAAAUGCUGCCCUUGUUUCCAAAAAUGAGAUUAUCGCAGAAUUGAAUUCUUGAAAAGGCUUAAAAUUUGUACCUAAUGUUAUGCCGCUUAUUAGUGUGGAGUGUGGAUCACAUUGAUUGGGCAGCGAAGUCACUGGACAUAAUGAUAAUAUAAGACCGAUUCUAUCUUGUUUGCA